AUUUGUCCUCUAACGUCAUUUUUGUGAGACGCACUGCAGCAUUCCGUCAUGGCGUCCGCAGCCGAAGACUUGCAGGUCGGCAACGACGCCGAACUGGACGAAUUACUGGACAGUGCGCUAGCCGACUUUGAUAAGCAGGGUGAGCCUCCUGAACCAAAAGCUCCAUCCUCCUCUUCGUCCACCCAUGGAGCAGAGAAGCCACCGCCGCUGCUCGAGGACUGCAAGCUCUUCGAGACACUCUUUCAGGGAGACAUGGCGGCCGAGGCCCAGCAGGAGUGGGAAAAAGCCAUGUCGGAGCUGGCUCAGGAGGAGCCUGAUCUGCUCCAGCACUUUCAGAAACUCUCAGAGGCUGCCGGCAAAGUUGGCACAGACACAGCCUCACAACAAGAGUUCACGUCCUGCCUCAAAGACACCCUCCGUGGCCUUGCCAAAAAUGCCGACAACCUGCAGUCUUCUGGCCUGGCUGGGGACGAUCUAGUCAAGGCACUUGAGGGUUUGGGAUUGGAAGAGGGAGGCGAAGGUGGCAGUGGUGACGACGCCAACAUCCUUCCCAUCAUGCAAUCCAUCAUGCAGAAUCUCCUCUCCAAGGAGGUGCUUUACCCAUCCCUCAAGGAGAUCACCACUAAGUAUCCAGAGUGGUUGGAGGCCAACAGGUCCAGCCUGAGCCCAGAGGACGUCCAACGCUACGAGCAGCAGGCCAGGAUCAUGAGUGAAAUCUGCCAACGCUUUGAGAAGGAGGAAGACGGUGACAAGGUCUUUGAAGGAAUCAUGGACCUCAUGCAGCAGCUGCAGGACCUUGGACAGCCACCCAAAGAACUCGCGGGAGAUGCCCCUCCCGGCUUGAACUUCGACCUAGACUCUCUCAACCUCCCAGGAGGCCUUGGGGGAGGCGGGGGGGCCGAGCAGUGCUCCAUUAUGUGAGGUAACAGCGGCCCGACCCCAACUACUGAGAUGGCUGCAACCGCCGAAAGUGAAUGGCGUCAGCAGUGUGAUACGUCAUCUCCGCUCGCCCCCAAAUAUGCGGACAGAUGUGGACGAGGUUGAGAAAUUUCAACACACACUCAAACGUUUGAACAUCUCUGCAUACCUUUUUAUUUUAACUGCAUUCCCUCCUCCAUAAUGAUGGACCUGUACCCUCCAUGCCAUUUCUGUUACCUUCCUCAUCGGGAUAUUUACAGGUCUGUUGACUGGUAAUGUAAUAGGACCGUUAAAAUGGGUCAAUUUGACCCAAAACAUAAAAGGAGGGUUAAUCAGUGUGAGUGGUAAAUUCGUGUCAUAGUGUAAUGAGCAUAAUAGUCAUUAACACACCGGACUCGAUUUUGAGCAUAAAUGUAGAAAAGAUUAUUAAUUAAGACUCACUGUUAUGUUUCCUUCAGUCAUCCCGAUAUUGAUCAUAAGUGAAUUACUUGAUUGGGGCUGAUGGUGAUUAUAGUGUGAACUUACCUUUCUAAAGUGCUUCCCUCAAUGUGUUGUGGUUUUAUUGUGAUGUUUGAUUUGCACUCAAUAUGAGUGCCUCAUGAGUGGAGUGUUUGAAAAUUAUACUUUAAAAGAAGUAUUUUGAAAAGGCCAGAGCACUUUGUGCGCAUAAAAAAGUCGUUGCUGUGUGUGAGAAAAUGGAGAUGGGUCUCGAAAGCUCAGGGAGCCAUGCAGAGAAAAGGUCAAUUAAAGUGCUUUCCUUCUCAUGCCACCCAUUCAGGGCCCAACGACAUAACAUGCCAGAACUACUUUUUUGGUUUGUUUGUUUUUAAACACUCAAUAAAAAGAUAUUGUGAAGAUUAAUGUCUGCUGUUUGGGCUUUGGGUACUUAUGAAGCACCAAAACUGUUGGUGUGUCAGAGCGACACACAUAAUGUUAAACCUUUAAAAAUAUAUAUGGCGGAAAACACUCAGGUGACUUUAAGUUCCGCUCUCAGACCCCCAAUUUGGCCAAAUUUCAAAUUUAUCUUACAGUGCUGUCCAAAA